AUGUCUGUUACGCAGUCAGGAUUAGUUUACAAGACAAGUGGAGACAUAGAUCCACCCUCUGCCCAUAUGGAGAUCGCUGAUCGUCUGCUGAAGAGAGUGCUAGACAUCACAUACGAGACACUUGAAGACCUGGGAGCCAGCAGACGAGACUUGGAGCAAGUUCAGCAGAAACGGAAUUAUAUCCAGAGUUGCUACUUUCAAGCAAUUUCCUGCUACUAG